AUGAACGGUACCGAUGCAGAGUGGAUCGCAUGCUGGCGGUUGCUUCUGUUCGCUCGUUUGUACGUACACUCGAUGCAGUUUUUUUUGUAUAUUCGUUUAUUUUUAUUUACCAAUUACAUAACCUCACAUGUUGCGACCCUUCGUUUGACAGUUCUUAGAAUAACAACAGGAGAAAAGCGUUCAGAAAACAUUAUUACUUGCCCAAGAGCUAAAAGAUCUCUUGCACUACCUUUAUUGUUUAAAGUAACAAAAAUAUCAUUUCCUUCUGUUCCCAUGGCUAGCCGACUGACCACGGUCAUCACCCGAACAUUGGCCGCAUCCUGCUACGGAAGAUCCUUUAGUCAUAGUGCUGGAUGGAUGAACCGCAUAUAUGAGCCCGACUACCUCGAGUUGCUGAAACCGAAAUAUCCGCUUUACGAAACGCUGAACCUUACCAUCAAAGGCUACGAUUAUCCGCUGCUUGAAAGCUACCAAAAAUUCAUCCACAAUGUGGCAGAUUCAAUGGAUCUGGAGAUAGCUGAUGGUUACGCACAACCACCACAAAAAUUGAACGUGCAAAAAUUUAAAGCCAACUCUAGUGUUAUCGAUAGCGAAUACAAGCUGACCGUAUACGAGCGUACGGUGCAGGUGGAAAACGUUCAAGCGCCACUAUAUCCACUGCUGUUGCGCACAUUGCAGGCGGCUCUUCCGGAAGGUGUUACUUUGAAGGUUUCCGAGCAUACGUGGGAACAGGAGGAAUCGCGUUACGUUCCGGAUCGCGAUCUAAAGGAGCUUAAGCAGCAGUUGGAUGAAAUGGGUGGUGCAACGAAGAAAAAAUAAUCCAAAUAAAAAAGGGUAGCAGCUUUAGAUUAACAGAAAUAAGUAAAAUUGUAAUGUAUUGUAAA